GAUCAAAGACCAGAUCUCGACUGAUCCAUCCAUGGAAGCCGCCGCCGCCAUGGGGAAUUUGUUGUUGUCGUGGGAUUUAGCAUCAGCAAGGUGGCUCGUGGGCGUUGUUUACUUGGUCGUGUCCGUGUGCUUGCUGGCGACGGCCGUGGCGCUGCAGGUGGCCCGUAGGUGGCCGUGGUGCGGCUGCAAGGUGUGCCGGGCCUACAUGUCGGGGUCCUGGGCCCGGGACUUCGCCAGCGUGUCCGACUGGUACGCGCACCUGCUGCGGCGCUCGCCGACGACGCGCACGCUGCGCGUCCACGUCCUUGGCUGCACCGUGACGGCCGACCCAGGCAACGUCGAGUACAUGCUCCGGACCGGCUUCGACAACUUCCCGAAAGGGAAAGGCGUGUCGGCGAUCCUCAGCGACCUCCUCGGGGGCGGCAUCUUCAACGUGGACGGCGACGCCUGGCGCCACCAGCGGAAGAUGGCGUCCUUCCAGCUCGGGAGCGUCGCCGUGCGCAGCUACGCGUUCCGGAUCGUGUCACGGGAGGUGGAUGCCAGGCUCAUGCCGCUCCUGGCGCGCGCCGGCGAUGUCGGCAUGGUCGUCGACCUCCAGGACGUGUUCCGGCGCUUCGCGUUCGACACGAUUUGUAAGAUCUCGUUCGGGCUCGACCCUGGGUGCCUCGACCUCUAAAUGCCGAUGUCCGACGCCGCCGCGGCGUUCGACACGGCAACAAGGCUCUCUGCCGUGCGCGGCAUGGCCGUGUCGCCGCUGCUGUGGAAGAUGAAGCGGCUCCUGAGCGUUGGCGGCGAGGGGGAACUCAAGAAGGCCAUCAAGGUCGUCCACGAGCUCGCCAACGCCAUGAUCCGCGAGCGCCGCAGCCUGGGCGUCGACAACAAGAGCCCCGACCUGCUGUCCCGCUUCAUGUCCGCCGGCUCUGGCACAAACACAAACGCCAUGGAUCACGACAACGAGGACAAGUUCCUCCGUGACAUCGUGGUCAGCUUCCUCAUCGCGGGGCGCGACACAAUCUCCUCGGGGCUCACCACGCUCUUCAUGCUCCUCUCCAAGCACCGCGCCGCCGGGGCCGCCAUGCGCGCCGAGGCCACCAAAGCAUCGGACGCCAACGCCAUGACCUACGAAGAACUCAAAGCCUUACACUACACGCACGCCGCGGUGCACGAGAGCCUGCGUCUCUUCCCGCCCGUGCAGUUCGACUCCAAGUUCUGCGCGGCCGCCGACGUGCUGCCCGACGGCACGUACGUGGACGCCGGCUCGCGUGUCAUGUACCACCCGUACGCCAUGGGCAGGAUGCCGAGCAUCUGGGGCGACGACUGCGAGGAGUUCAGGCCGGAGCGGUGGCUCACGGGCGCUGGGGCCACGUUCGAGCCCGUGAGUUUUUUCAAGUACCCGGUGUUCCAGGCCGGGCUCCGGGUUUGCCUUGGCAAGGAGCUCGCGAUCAUGGAGAUGAAGGCGGUCUGCGUGGCCGUGCUGAGGGCGUUCGACGUGAAGGUUGUCGGGGAGAGGGCUGUCCGUGAAUGUGCGCCGGUGUUCGCGCCGGGGCUCUCCGCGUCCAUCCAGGGCGGGCUUCCGGUGAAGGUGAGCCGCGUUUAGUGGGGAAAAAGCUUAGCGUUACUGCUUGUCGUGUGCUGCAGCUAGCUGUUGAGAGAGAGUGUGAGUGAGUGAGUUGUGUGUGAGAGAGAGAGAGAGAAUAAAUGUGUAAGGAUGUUACUCCAUGAUUGCCGUGGUUUUGAUGGGAGAAACUGAACAUUUGAUCGGCUAA